AUGCCAGAGGCAUCAUUACCGCAAGGCAUAGAGGGGGAGGUCAUAAGCGUCUAUACCCAACAACAACAAAGACGUGUUAUUGGGAGUGCUUUGAAAGCUGUUCAAGGUACUUUUGAACACGCCAAAGAAGCUGCGACUGGUUCCAAAACUGAGUACUAUGAAGGUGGUGCCCCUAUGGACUCUGGUUAUCGAAAGACCACUAAGGCUGAUGAUACCACCAAAGAGUACACUGGCAGUGCGGCUGAUACGGCAACGCAGAGAGAAGCUGCUGAAAGGAAGAUUAGGGAGUAUGCAGAUACCAUCAAGGAUUACGCUGGAAGUGCGGCUGAAAAAGCUAGACAAGCUAAAGAUGCGACUAUCAAAGAGUUUGCUGGGGCUGCAGCUGAAAAGCAAGACAAGCAAAGGAUGCAACUGUGGACACCACAUACAAAAAGUAACGCUGGAAGUGCAGCAGAUAAGACUAAAGAAUAUGCUGGAUAUGCAGCAGAUAAAGCAAUGAAGGCAAAAGAUUCAAAGGUGGGCUAUGCCACUGAUAAAGCAAGACAAGCAAAGGAUGCUAAUGUUGACACCGCAAAGGAGUAUGCUGGCUAUGCCACUGACAAAACGAGACAUGCAAAAGAUGCUACAAUUAACACCACAAAGGACUAUGCAGGAAGGGCCGCUGAAAAGGCUAGGCAGGCGAAAGAUGCCACCAUAGACACCACAAAACAUUAUGCAGAAAGUGCAGCUGAAAAGGCUAGGCUAGCCAAGGACGCUACGGUUGACACCACUAUGGACUACGCUGGGAGUGCCGCUGACAAGGCGAGAGCGGCAAAGGAAUAUACUGCUGAAAAGGCUGUCAAAGGAAAAGAUACCACAUUUGGCAAGAUUGUACUAGUAGAUCUGAAGGACUCUGCUGAUGCCGCUAGAAGAGUUACGGAGGUAAGAAGGAUGAAGCCAAAGAAGAACCAAUGA